AUGUCGGCCUCGGNCGCCCUCCUCCUGCCCAUCUGCUUCGCCGACUACGGCGUGGAGGCGCUGGGCGAGCAGGUGCUGCGACGGCGGCGGCUCCUGCUGCUGCUGGGCGCCGGGGGGCCGCUGCUCUACGGGCUCUACUGCCUGGGCAGCUCCCUGGGCGUGCAGGUGCUGCUGGCACAGGCCGCCCGCAUCAUCUGCCAGGGGCUCGACUACUUCAGCAGCCAGUGGAUAUGGACACUGGUAGUUGGUUACUUGCUGAUGGUUUCAUUCAAGUGGAAUAUAAGCACUGAACGUUACUUAAAAGCUGUGUCUGUUCCUGUCUGGAUUAUGCUGCUCUUUCAUUUAGCUUCUGUGGCAGGUUCCUGGAGAAUUCCUGUAUUUCUGGUUAUAGUUGUUCUGAUGACAGUAGGCAUGUUGCAUGAACAGCAGAAUGGAAAGGAGUCUUCUGGUGCAGAGCUUCCUGGUCAGAUGAUUUCCAUUGCUGCUUCAACAAUUGCCAUGGCAAUUUCAAUGACAGAAGAUGAGUCCAAUAAUGAACAUUCCUCCCAACCCUCAGGAGCAACAGCAGAAGGUGAUCAGCCUCGACCUCCACAAGCUUCAUCAUCUUUCAACUCCUCCUCUUCAUCAUCUUCUGGGAACAGACAAAGACCUGAGAUUGGAUCUUUUCUUAGAAAAAAGAAAACUAGUGAUAUUUACUUCGUUACUCUUGUGUGGGCGAUUGUCAUUGUUCAGAUCUGGCUAAAUUUUUGGAUUGUGCAGCUAUUGCCAGUGCCUUUUGCAGUUUGGGCUCUUAAAAAAUUUGUGGUUCAUUUUGGAGUUUUGAACUUCAUGGCAAAGCACUGCAAAAGUUGGUGGCAACUUGUUGAGAAUUUUGUCAAGGAACGUCAGGAAGCUCUUGCUCCACGGCCCAUCAGAGGACUUGGAAGUGUUAUGCUAAAGCUUGACAGUAAGCUGUGGCACUGGCUUAAUAAGAAGAUUAUCGUGUGGUUGGAGAAAAUGCUAGAUAAAAUAAUCAGCAUUUUCAUAAUAUUUUUGCUGGUGAUAGGAACUCUUCUGCUAGCUCUUCUCCUUACUGCAAAGGUACAUCAAGAGAGCGUUCACAUGAUUCAAGUCACAAGCAGCUUGAUCAAUGAGACAGUAGCCAGUCACCCAGAAUGGGCAAACUGGCUCCCAGAAGCUCAGGUCAUUCAGAAGGCGCUCAAUUCUGCAGCUAACAACGUAUACCAGUAUGGCCGAGAAUGGAUCACACACAAGCUCCAUAAGAUUUUAGGAGAAAAAGUAAAUAACACUGCUGUGAUUGAAAAGCAAGUGCUGGAGCUCUGGGACAGGCUUUAUCACUCUUGGUUUGUGAAGAAUGUGACACAUUCUGGAAGACACAAAGGACACAAAUGGCACAUAAACCGUCAAAACAGCUGGCUUGGAGAUAUUCUGGAUUGGCAAGAUGUUGCAUCCUUUGUUCAUGAUAACAUCGAAACAUUUCUCUCCAUCCUCGAGUCUCUGUGGAUAGUGAUGAGUCGCAAUGUGAGCCUCUUGUUUACUACAGUUACAGCAUUAGUGACAAUCCUCUUCCACAGUGGGACAGCUCUUCUCAAUUUUGUGCUUUCAGUGGUGAUUUUUCUGACUACGCUGUUCUACCUGUUGAGCUCCAGUGAUGAGUAUUACAAGCCAGUAAAAUGGGUGAUAAGCCUGACACCUUUGUCUCAGCCAGGUCCCUCCUCAAAUAUAGUUGGCCAGUCUGUGGAGGAAGCAAUAAGAGGUGUGUUUGAUGCUUCCCUCAAAAUGGCUGGGUUCUAUGGACUCUACACUUGGCUGACUCACACUAUAUUUGGGAUUAACAUAGUCUUCAUACCAUCUGCAUUAGCAGCAAUCCUUGGAGCAGUGCCAUUUCUGGGGACAUACUGGGCAGCAAUCCCUGCAGUCCUAGAUUUGUGGCUUGUGCAAGGACAGGGAUGCAAAGCCCUUUUGCUCUUGGUUUUUCACCUCUUGCCAACCUAUUUUGUAGAUACAGCAAUUUAUUCAGAUAUAUCAGGAGGUGGUCACCCUUACCUAACAGGCCUUGCAGUAGCUGGUGGAGCGUAUUAUUUGGGACUGGAAGGGGCCAUCAUAGGACCAAUUCUACUUUGUAUACUUGUGGUUGCUUCUAAUAUAUAUAGUGCCAUGUUGGUGAGUCCAACAAAUUCUGUGCCCACUCCAUCACAAGCAACGUGGCCUUUGCAGAUUUACCGGUCACCUAGAGAGAGUCCCGAGGAAAUGAAAAUGUCUGCAGAGUGAUGGAGGUGCUGGGAUGCACCUCUGCAACAUGAGGGAAUCUGUCUUCUGUCUUGGGUUCACAACAGCCAUGGCCUUCUGUCCCUUCCCAGCUGUGCCUGGGGGCAGCUCACAGGGAAGCAUAGACUGGGUUUUAGGAGAAAGCACUAGAACAUCUGCUGGUGUUGCAUUAUUGUGCACUUUGCUUCAUCGAGAGAGUGUGUCUACUUCCCAUGGCUUUGCAUACCAACACACAGUCAGCUGCCUUGUUGAAGACUUUGAAGACCUUCUGUCUUAUCAAAAGAAUAGUUAAGAGGACAGGUACAUCCACUGGAGUUAUUAUCUGCUGAAAUUACUAACUUGGCUUUUAUUUACUGGGUUAUUUGUCUUAUUAAACUGUAGUAGCUUUAAAGAAAGCUGUACUUCCAAAAUAUUUAUUAUUAGGCAAUCUGGUGGCAAAGAAGGGCAAACCACUCAUUGUGAAAUGAAAGUAUAAUAGUUUGCACCCCCUCAAUGUGUUUCUUUAUAAGCUUCAACCAUCAUCUGUAACUCAUAAUAACACUUAAAUAUUAUUCUUUUACAUGCACUGAAAUUUAAUGUUGUUGGAGACUGGUAUUUUUAAUACCUUCCUGAUAUUAAUAGAAAUGGAAACUAUUAAAUGUGGGUUUUCCUCUUACUGACAUACGAGGACUUGUUUAAAUAGUUUAAAUCUUGCCCCCAUGUGCAGCGAAAUCUGAUAAUAUUUUGCUGUUUGUCCACCCUCCCAGUGGAGUCAUCUUGUCAACUAAAUUUAAUCAAAGGCCUUAAGUGUUUUCAGAAAGUAGUAAUAUAGGAUAGUUGCAUCUCCUUCCAGUAACUGGAAGAAGUUUAAUGGGGAUUGUUUAAUGCUAGUUUUCAAAUGCUGUGGCUGAGUUCAAUUCACUUUUUAAACAAAUUUUACUACCAGAAAGAAAGGGGAGAGAGCAUGGAUUUUGGUUUAGUUUAGUUGAGGCUUUUUAAUCCUGUAAGUGUCUGGCCAAGUAAUUUUACUGAGAUAUAGGAUAUAUGCUAAUAUAUUAAGGUUUAUCUUAUUAAUAAACAAAGAUCCUGAAUUUCUGAAAUUAUGUAUUGCCUAGGUCACAGUGUCAAAUCCUCUAGUAUUUUUCUUCGAUACGUAAUUUUGCUUAAAAUGCAGCUUUAGUGACAUUUAAGGCCUUUUGUAUUGAUUGUCGAAACAUUUUGACACAAUGGAUCUUUAUAAACAGAUCCUUUUUGUAAAUGGGAAGUGGGGUUUUUUGGUAAAUAUUUCAUACUUGCACAGCUUUUCCACAAAUCCAGUGAGGCCCUAGGUACAAAGUAGCAGAUGCACUUGCUUAACCAAAGAACCACCAUUAAGUUUCUGGUAACUUGAAUUGAUUUCAGAGGUUGAUUGAUAAUGAGUUGUACAAAAUACAGGCACGCCUUGUAUUUGCUGUUGGCAGUAAUUCAAUGCUUGAAACAAAGGGAUCUUAUCCAGGGAUGAAGAUAUCUAAGAUGUGUGCACAAACAGCUUGCGGUAACAGAGGUGUUUUACUUGACUUCUAGGAGUGCUGACAGAUUUGAAGGUUCUUUCUAUGAUAUUGCAUGUAUUUUUGCAUUGUUUUGAAAAGCACAUUGCCAUUGCAAAGUGAUUGGAAAGUACCCUGAUACUGAAUAAAGUCCAGCUAUAGGUUCGCAAUAAACAGGCUGCCUAACAAGACACAAAUAGUCUGCUCCUCAGAUUCUCAAAAUAAGCUGCUGCAAUUUUACUGAUGAAAUUGUAUGUUUUAAGUGAGAGGGGUUGAGUAUGCUGUUUGUGCACACUUGCAUGUAUGUGCUUGAGGGACAAACUUGGGCUUAAUUUACUAGGUUGACUCAGGUUUAUCAAAAUAAGGAAACAUCCCAUUUAAUAUUUUAAAUUCUGAGAUAUCUACACAUCACUUUCAACUAACUGAUUAAGAAGAAUGUGUUGCUUGAAUCACAUAUCUGUUUUAUCUUCUUGGUUUUUUAGCUUACAAAAAUGCUUAAAUGAAACACAUUUUUAUGAUUGUUGCUGGCGAGGGUGGAGGAUGUGGGAAAACCUGAGGCUUUCCUAAAAUACUCCUGCAACUUUCUAACCAGCUGGAAUGAGACCACCAUGAUAUUUAGGCAACUUCUUUAUUGUAUUACUGUUUUUUUUAGUUCACACUUUUGCACUGAAUUGUUGUGUUCUUGUUGUAGCUUGUAGACAGCAUUUAAAACACCUCUUUGGUCACUGGUCAAGACAUGUUUAUUUUCCACAUGUCCUAUCCCAUUUUCUGAGACAAUCUUUCAUACUCCUGUGGUACUCUACUUGGUAAUUUUAAAGAGCCAUUAAAAAGCAUUAUUCUGUUUGGUUUUAA